UAGAGCUUUUUUUUUUACAGCCAACUGUGUUAAUUGUUGUUGGUUUUUUCUACAAAGUAAACGAAUGUGUUGUAUGGCCAAAUUGUAUGGUUUGAUGUAAGGCGGGUUUGCAAAACAAAUUUUAAUACGAAAACCUCAUGCAAACAAUUUCUGCCAAAUGCACACAAAAACACAUGCAACCCAUGCAGACUCUUUCAAACGAGUAAAGAGAGAACUAAAAACGGGAAAACGAUAAAGCCAAAGUAAUACUGAAAACAGAAAACCAACAACAAUAAAUGCACAACCUUUACAGCCACAAGUUGGAUCUUGUUGAAGACGAUGAAUGGUAUGGUUGCGAGCAACAACAACGCCGGCAGCGCGCAACGACGCCAACGUCCUAGCUUUUUUUUUGUAUUCCAUUUCAGCUCAUUUUUUCGCCAAGCACAAGGCAAAAACAGCACUCUCACUCACUCACUCAGUCCGUUUGUUUCCGACAAAAACCGCGGUAGUAAGACGUUUCUGAGCUGCGCGCAUCGACGGAAAUCGAUCGGAAAUCAACAACCCCAAAAAUCGCAAAUCCUCUACUUGGGGGGGUUUUUAUCAUAUUGCGUAUGAUAUGCCCUUACUGAAAGGGGGUUUCGUUUUACGUGUGCGUGCCCGUUUUUGUUUUGUUUUUGGCAGUGCUCCAGUUUUUCGUCUUUUGAUCGUCUGUUUUUGUAGAAUGUUAAUUUAAAAAAAAAAACCGCGCGCAAAGUAGGAACUGGAUUUUUGCUAGGCAUUUUUCGUGGGAGAACAACAACGACAACAGCCAAACAUCUAAACAGCCUAUUGAACCCGCUUUCCAAAUAAAGUUCUAGUAACCAAAGGCAAGCCAGCUUACUCCUACAUACACACAUACACACAUAACAGAACUUAAGAAAUGUCAACAUGUAUGUCAUUGCAUCUGGCAACACUGACUCAAUUGCAUGUUUGACGAUCAUACGUGAUGCAGUGAUACUGAUUUGCAUAUCCAUAUAAAACAAAAACAAGGCCCAUUCUUUGGAUACAGAAAAACAAAAACACCAUAAUCAAACAACAACAACAAAGGCAAAAAACCUGACAGAUUACAUCACAACAAUAUAUUUUUGUUAUUGUUUUUUUUUUGCACCAAGCACAGCGGUUGAAAAGUGCGUAAACAAGAAAGACAACAAAUAAACAGCACGCAUAUAACGACAAGUCGUUUUGAUACAAGAAGAAAAAAAUCUAAAUGCCGGCGGCACUUAAAAAUACAUGAGAAAGCAAAAACAACAAAAAAAAUAUGUUAACAAAAAUAAUUUUUAAUUAAACAAAACUAAAUUCGAAAAAGUGUUCUUCAAAAAAAUAAAUAAAUAAAAAAAAAUUAUCAAAAAAAAAAAAAAACAAAAAAAUAUUUUAAAAAAUAAUUAAUGUCUAGUUAAACGCAUAGCAAUGUAAAGUGUUUAUAAAAAAAUAAAACAAAAAUUAUAGAAAAAAAAAAACAAAUUAAACAAAGUUUACCAGCCAAUCUUUAAAACAAAAGAAAAGUUUAAAUUUCAACUGAAAAAUCUAAAUGUGUACCAUUAGUAAUCAACUAUAAGAAAAAAAAACAAAUAUUAUAAAUAAAAUAAAAGAAACAACUAGCAACAACUAUUGUCUUAAAAGGUUCCAUGCACCAUACAUUAAAUAAUUAAAUGUUGUAAUAGUGAAAAGAAAACAAAAAUAAUAUAACCAUACAAAAAGAAAAGAAAAAAGAAAAUAUUUUUGAAAUUGUCUUAUAAAAAUUAUUAAAAAAAUAAAAAAUAAAUACCAGUGAAUCUUAAGAUUUCUACAAAACGUCUUGGCAUCAUAAAGAAAAAUUACUCAAUUAAAUAAAUAAAAGCAAAAAAAUUUGAAGAAACCUGUCCAGUUAUUCAGCCACAUCAAGAACCAGCAUUGGAAGCAAAAUAAAGCAGAAAUAAAUCGCCGAGAAAAAAGUUCCUAUCUAAAAAUAGUGCAACGGCAAUAUUGGCGACACUAUCAACAAAGAGUGCGAUUUUCGGAUUACCAAGCAUCGAAUGACGGCCAACGGCGGCAAAUCAAGAAAAUUUUGAUUGAAUUCCUUUGCCAUCGACGACGUGGGCAGACAAAGUGAGUGCCGUGUACGUUGCAACAAAGAGAAAUAAAUAAUCGAAGAACAAAAAUUACUUAAAAAUUGUCAAUUAUUGUUUUGCCAAUGUCUGUGAAAUCAAAGCCGGUUAGGGCAAAUUGAUAAUGGAUGUGUCCUAAACAGAGUUGUUAAAGGGAAAAAACCAAAAAAUACUAAACGAGAACAAAAACAUUCUUUGGAAUUAAAUAUUUCCACAAAUCGUUGCUGAUUUGUUUAAUUACGAGAGAAAAACCCCUGCGCAAGCCCCGCUAUUCGGUUUGGUGUGACCUGUUGGCUUGUGGUGGUUUUUGUUUUUUCGAAUUUAUUACACCGCACCCGUUGCACACAGUCCAUUUGAAUGGUUUCUGAGGACAGUAAUUGGAAUAGCAGCGACACCAUGUCCGAUACGGACAUGCAUGAUUCGAAGAAUGACAUUUGCGGUGGUGCUUCCAGCUCCAGCGGCAGCUCGGGCACGCCACGCACCAAACCGAAUUGUGCCCGCUGCCACAAUCAUGGCCUGAAAAUCAAGUUAAAGGGCCACAAACGCUAUUGCAAAUUUCGUUUUUGCAAUUGUGAGAAAUGCCGCUUGACGGCGGAUCGUCAGCGGGUCAUGGCUCUGCAGACAGCACUGAGGCGGGCCCAACAGCAGGAUGAGGCGCGCAUAUUGCAAAUGCACGAAGUGCCACCGGUGGUGCAUCCACCCACGGCCCUGCUGAAUGCCCAUCAUCACCAUCACCAUCAUCAGUUGCAGCAUCACAUCACCCAACAGUUGCACCAUCAUCACCAUCCACAUUUGGUGGAUGCCACAGCUAUGGCCGCUGCAGCAGCUGUGGGUGCCGGAGUUGGCAGUGUGUCUGCGCACCAUGGCAAUGCCAUACCCACCAUACGCUCUCCACCGCACAGUGAUCACAGCGCUAAUGGUGGCAGUAGUGGUGGUGGUGCUGGGGUCGGAGGUGGUGGUGGGGGCAGCAGCGGUGGAGGUGGUGGUGUCACCACCAGCACCAGUUCUUCAAGCGUUGGUGGCGGCGGCGGUGGCAGUGCUGGUGGGGUCGGCGGUGGCAAUGGUUCCGGCGGUCCCAGUUCAUCUACAAUGAAUGGCUUGCCCAGCAGCAGCAGCAGUAGCAGCGGUGGAGCGAGCAGCUCGACAGCCCCCCCACAUCAUACACCGCCCGAUCAUACACCCCAUCAUCAUCAUCACCAUCAUCAUCAUCAUCCACACGCCGGUCAUUUGGGUGCGGUGCCGGCGACAGCGCAAUCUGUUGAUAGUUCGUGCGAUUCCUCAUCACCCUCGCCGUCAUCGACAUCGGGAGUGGCAGUGCCGGUGCUGGUACCAGUCAAUCGUAAACCCCAUCCAGAACAUCAGAAUGGAGCGGAUAUGUCUAUAGAUCUUAUAUUAGAUUAUUGCCAGAAACUAAUAGAAAAAUUCGGCUAUCCCUGGGAAAUGAUGCCGCUUAUGUAUGUGAUACUCAAAGACGCCGGCGUGGAUAUCGAUGAGGCUUCAAAGCGUAUUGAAGAAGCCAUACAAGUCUUUAAGCACUACGAUCACCUGCUCAACAUGUACGAAGGACACGAGUGGCGCAGUAAAAUAAGUCUGAAACGCAAAGCCGAAAGUGAAGCUGCCCGCCUAGAAUGUGAUGAAACCGCCAAGCGGAUGCGAAUAGAGGCUACGGAACAUCUGAAUCAACUCACCCAAACCUAUUACAAUUAUCAGCGAUAUGCAAUACCUCCUGUCUAUUGGGGCUAUCCCUCCAUACAAUUUCGACGAGCUGUAUGGGCGGAAUUGCCCAAUCCUGGCUUUGCAGCCAUAAUACCACCCCAUCCACCGGUAACGCCGGAAGCCCCACUACCCCUGCAUCGUAGAUCACCAAGCCCGCCUGGCAGCAGCAUAGAUGGCGAAACGAUUACAGUCACCUCCUUGCCGACGCCAACGUCAACGACCACAUCAGCGGCUGGUGUUUUGGCAGCUGCAGCAGCAGCGGCGGCCGCUGCGGCCGCCUCGUAGCAUUAUCACCAUUAGCAGCAAAGUUCAAGCCCAACAACUAUGGCAGCAUCGGUGAAUGCGUCUGCGGCAACAGCUGUUUUACAUGUGGACGACUGAAGCAAUUAUUCGAAGGAUGAUCUUUCAUAUGACGAGGCCAAAGCGGUUGUCACUAAAUUUAUUGUGCACCAUAGAACAAUUAAAAAUAAUUGAUAUGCCACUACAAUUUUGCUAAAGGUCUUCCGAUCCUUUCCGAUUUCAGAAGUACAUAACAGUUUUAUUUGUGAUAUUUUAAAAAGAGGUCGAAAACCAAAUUAAAAAUGAGCAGGUGUCAAAUAUUUGCACUACUCUUCUCAUCUCGUCUAUCCCUCCAUUAUUGGAAUAUAAUGAAACAUAAGAAUAGAUAUAAGGACUUUGAACUAAAAUAAAAACAGACAACAAAUUGUUUGGUUAAAAACAACCAAAAAAAUUAUUAAUAUUUGUACGUUGUAAAAAUGAAAUAAAAGUCAUUCCUUAUCUAUGUCAAUUUUGUUUUAAAAAUUUUUUAUAAAAUUCAAGAAUCUGAAUUCUAAAAAUGAUAUCAAAAAACUAAAAAAUCCUUGUAUGCCCAAUGCACAGCCCGAUAUGUCAUAUCGAAGCGGACAUAGCGUAGAGUAAAUGACACAACUCAAAAAAAACCAUUAAACAAGCAAAAACGCUUUAUUUUAGCAAGGGGAAAAAAUCAUGCAAGAAGUGUGCCCCAAAAGAUGAUGCUCUAGCAUCGAAAAUCGGAAAAAUUGCGCCCUCCAUAGGCCUUAUAUUAAUAUUGGAUUGUGUUCUCAAAGACCUUUCAUUUGAGUCCCAUAUUGUCAAGAACGGUCUACCUGUCCAAUUUGAGGGGGUUCUUGCGGGGGCGAUCCUUCAUAUAAAAUAAUUAUUAAAGUUUAUGUCAUACUAGCUGGACCAGGCCCUCUCCGCUGCGCCAUCUUUCACUCUAAUAUACCUUUUGUGAGUCCUAUUUUUUUCUGGGAGUGCUUUGCCUACCCUCUAGAGACCUUUCUACGCUAAUGGUUUGAGGGUGUUUGGGGGUAGAGACGGACCCUCAGCCAUUUUGUCCCAAACGUUGAUAUCAAAUUCGUGCUCUACUUCCAAAUGCUUUUCAUCAUACCCACCACCGUAGUCAUUCCGUUUGCAACACAUCGAAAUAUCAAUUUCCGACCCUACAAAGUAUAUAUAUUUCGGAUCGUCGUAAAAUUCUAAGACGAUUUUUUGAUGUCCUUGUGUCUGUCCGUCUAUCCGUCUAUCCGUCUGUCCGUCCGUCUGUUGUAAUCCCUACACACCCUACAGCCUUCAAUAAUUGAGAUAUUGAGCUGAAAUUUGGCACAGAUGCGUCAUUUUGAUGCACGCUGGUUAAGUUUUUGAACGGGCCUAAUCGGACCAUAUUUGGAUAUAGCUGCUAUAUAGACCGAUCUGCCGAUAAAAGGUCUAAUGCCCAUAAAUGCAUCAUCUUUAAUCCGAUUUCGCUGAGAUUUGAGACAAUGAGUAGCUUAAGGCUUCCCAACAUCUGACCCAAAAAUGGUUUAGAUCGGACUAUAUUUAGAUAUAGCUGCCAUAUAUAGCUAUCUGCCGAUAAAGGGUCUGAAGCCCAUAAAAGCUUCAAUUAAGCCUCCCGACAUCUGACCUUAAUAUUGUUCAGACCGGACAAUAUUUAGUCCGACUAUACGACAGAGCGAUCUCCCGAUUAGGGUUCUGAUGCCCAUAAAAGCAUUAUUUUUUAACCGAUUUCGCUGACAUUUGAAAGGAUGAGUAGCUGUAGGGCUCCCAACUUAGGACCCAAAUAUGGUUAAGAUCGGACUAUAUUUAGAUAUAACUGCCGUAUAGACCGAUCAGCCGAUAAAGGGUCUGAAGCCCAUAAAUGCUUUAUUUUUUAACCGAUUUCGCUGAAAUUUAGAAAUUUUAGGCCUUCCGACAUCUGACCUUAAUAUGCCUUAAAUCGGACUAUAUUUAGAUAUAGCUGCCAUAUAGACCAAACUCCAAAUAAAGAGUCUGAAGCCCAUAAAGGCAUUAUUUUUUAACCGAUUUCGCUGAAAUUCGGAAAAAGUGAGUAAUUUUGGGCCACCCAAAAUAGGACCCAAAUAUGGAUCAGAUCGGACUAUAUUUAGAUACAGCUGCCAUAUAGAUCUGCCGAUAAAGGGUCUAAAGCCCAUAAAGGCAUAAUUUUUGAAACGCUUUCGCUGAAAUUUAAAGCGGUGAGUAAUUUUGGGCCUCCCAACAUAGGACCCAAUUAUGGUUCAGAUCGGACCAUAUUUAGCUAUAGCUGCCAUAUAGACCGGUCCGCCGAUAAAGGGUCUGAAGCCCCUAAAAGCUUAAUUUUUAACCUAUUUCGCUGAAAUUUGAAACAGUGAGUAGUUUUAGGUCCCGCCAUCCGUCCCAAAUAUGGUUCGGAUCGGACUGUAUUUACAUAUAACUGUCAUAUAACCAUAGACCAAUAUGCCGAUUGAGGGUCUGAAGCUUAUAAAAUUUUAUUCAUUACUCGAUUUUGUUGAAAUUUGAAUUGACCCCACUCAAUGUACGUGCCGAAUUUGGGUGCCUAAGUUAUUCAAUUUUCACCGGAUUGCGUCGAAAGAGGUUUAUAAGUAUACCCGAGGUGGUGGGUAUAUUAAGUUCAGCCCGGCCAAACUUAAUGCCUUUUUACUUUUUUUUUGUCUCGUAUUGCGAUGGUUGGUAAAUAUGUCCGGUUUAAAGAUUUUUUGUUUCUUUUUUUGGGUUGACCGGCCUCCCAGAUAUUUGUGCUGAAAAUUAAUGUCAGGUUGAUGCCCUACUCUAAAAUACCUUUCAUUUGGCCAACAUAUUGCCAAUGUCAGUAAGGGGCAUGUUAUGGGGUGGGUUGACCAACCAGAUAUUUGGUCUCGAAAGUGAAUAUCAAAUUCUUGAUCCAUUCCGAAAUACCUUUCAUGAGAACCUAAUAUUACCAAGUGGGUCAAUAUAUCCUCUUUGGUGUGGAAACGGCCCCUCAGCCAUUUUCCCCCGAAUGUGGACAUCCAAUUUGCCUUUCAUUUGAGUCCCAUAUUGCGUUGGUUGGUAAAAACAUAUGUCCGGUUUGAUGAUUUGUUUUUUUGGGUUGGAUGUCAGCUUCACGAUCUACUCUCAAAUGCCUCUCAUUUGGACCCCAUAUUGCCAUGGUCAGUAAAUUUAGUCAUAUUAGGGGAAUAUUGUGUGAGUGGGACGGCCAUCCAAACAUUUGGUCCCAAAAGUGGAUAUCAAAUUGUUGAUUCACUCCUAAAUAAGCUUCAUGUCAACCUUAUAUUGCCAGGUCAGUCAAUAUAUCCUCUUUGGGGGACAAAAUGGGCUCUAAGCCAUCUUGCGCUACAAAAGGCACAUUGUUUACCCGAUUUCGCUAAAAUUUGGCACCAUGAAAUGUUUUAGACCUUUCUUCGUCAAUGCGAAAUAUCUGAACCAUAUUUCGCAAUUUUUAAAAAUGCCAGACCUCAGAGUUUUUUUUUAUCGAAAUUUUGUAUUCCACCUUAUGGGGGACGCCCUACCCCAAAACCCACACAAAACGGGCAUAUUUACCGAUUGGGACUUGAUUGGUAUCCAAUGAAAGGUAUUUGAGAGUAGAGUACAAACUUUAUAUAAAAAUGCGAUCUUAGGUGCAGGGGGGCCUUCCCCGAUCCCAGACAAAAAAAAUAAGAGCUUCAUUAUUUAUUUAUAUUUCAAAGUUAAAUUUGUUAAAAAUGGGAUAGUUUCGAAAAACUUCAUAUGGGAGUCAUUUAUGAAGUUAAAUUAGAUGCAGUAGGUGAUCCAAAUCCAAAAUAAAAAGUUGUGCGCAUUAUUAUAACGCUCCUAAAAUUUAGAGAUAAAUUCCUCAUAUUAAAGUAUUGCUCCUUUUGCAAAAUUCAUUUUCCAAGAAAAAAAUCUUGAAUUUCUAGUCCGUGUGUCCAUGAAUUGUAGUAAUCAAGGAAAAGGUCUAAUUUUUUGUUCAAAUGACGUCAAAAUUCCAGAAAAUUCCAUUUUUAGCUCUUUUUUUGGCUGUCUGUCUGUCCGUCCAACCCACUAUUUGUCUAUCCAUUACUUUUGAGGCACAAUAAUGCUUCUCUAAGAAGAGGUGUCACUCAGUGGCACUCCAAUAGAUCUUGGCCAUAAAAAGGAGGAGACCACUGUAGCGCAGAGGUUAGUAUGUCCGUCUAUGAUGCUGAACGCCUGGUUUUGAUUUCUGGCGAGAAUAUCAGAAAAAAGUUUCAGCGAUGGCUUUCCACUCCUAAUGCUGGCGAUACUAUGCCAUGCAUAAAAGACAAGUAAAAACUUCUCCCCAAAGAGGUGUCGCUCUGAGGCGCUCCAUUCGGACAUUGCUUUAAAAGGGAGACACCUUAUCAUUGAGCUGAAAACUUGCACUCAUUGAUAUGUGAAAAGUUUGCUCCUGUUCCUCAAUGGAAUGUUCAUGGGCAAAUGUGUAUUAUACACUCCACCAUUGGAUGGGGGUACACUAGCCGCUACUAGCAGUAAAACUAGCCACUUGAAAUUUUUCACAAAUACUUCUUCUUAGAGUAGAUCGGUUGGGAUUGUAAAUGGGAUAUAUCGGUCCACGUUUUGAUAUAACUGCCAUAUAAACCGAUCUGGAAUCUUGACUUCUUGAGCCGUUAGAGGGCAUAACUCUUAUCCAUUUUGGCUGAAAUUUUGCAUUAAGUGUUUUAUUAUGAUUUCAAAAACUGUAUUGAGUAUGGUCCAAAUCGGUCCAUAACCUGAUAUAACUGUCAUAUAAACCAAUCUGGGGUCUUGACUUCUUGAGCCGUAAGAGGGCGCAAUUAUUAUCCGAUUUGGCUAAAAUUUUGCAUGAGGUGUUUUGUUAUGACUUUCAACAACUGUGCUGUGUAUGGUCCAAAUCGGUCCAUAUCCUGGUAUAGCUGUCAUAUAAACCGAUCUGGGGUCUUGACUUCUUGAGCCGUUAGAGGGCACAAUUCUUAUCCGAUUUGGCUGAAAUUUUGCAUCAGGCGUUUUAUUUUGACUUCCAACUACUGUACUGAGUAUGGUUCAAAUCGGUCCAUAACCUCAUAUAGCUGUCAUAUAAACCUAUCUGGGGUCUUGACUUUAUGAGCCACUAGAGGGCGCAAUUGUAAUCCGAUUUGGCUGAAAUUUUGCAUGAGGUGUUUUGUUAUGACUUUCAACAACUGUACUGAGUAUGGUCCAAAUCGGUUCAUAACCUGAUGUAGCUGCCAUAUAAACCGAUCUGGGGUCUUGAUUUCUUGAGCCACUAGAGGGCGCAAUUAUUAUCCGAUUUGGCUGAAAUUUUGCUUGAGGUGUUUUGUUAUGACUUUCAACGACUGUGCUAAGAAUAGUUCAAAUCGGUCCAUAAUCUGAUAUAGCUGCCAUAUAAACCUAUAUGGGAUCUUGACUUCUUGAGCCACUAGAGGGCGCAAUUAUCAUCCGAUUUAGCUGAAAUUUUGCCUGAGGUGUUUUGUUAUGACUUUCAACUGAUGUACUAAGUAUGGUUCAAAUCGGUCUAUAUCCAGGUAUAGAUGCCAUAUAAACCGAUCUGGGGUCUUGACUUCUUGAGCCACUAGAGGGCACAGUUUUUAUCCGAUUUGGAUGAAAUUUUGCAUGAGGUGUUUUGUUAUGACUUUCAACAACUGUGCUAAGAAUAGUUCAAAUCGGUCCAUAACCCGAUGUAGCUGCCAUAUAAACCGAUCUGGGGUCUUGACUUCUUGAGCCACUAGAGGGCGCAAUUAUUAUCCGAUUUGGCUGAAAUUUUGCACGACGUCUUUUGUUAUAACUUUCAACAACUGUGCCAAGAAUAGUUCAAAUCGGUGCAUAUCCUGGUAUAGCUGCCAUAUAAACCUAUCUUGGGUCUUGACUUCUUGAGCCACUCGAGGGCGCAAUUAUUAUCCGAUUUAGCUGAAAUUUUGCAUGAGGUUUUAUUAUGACUUCCAACAACUGUACAGAGUAUGGUUCAAAUCGGUAUAUAAUCUGAAAUAGCUGCCAUAAAAACCUCUGUGGGAUCCUGGCUUCUUGAGCCUCUAAAGGGUGCAAGUAUUAUCCGAUUUGGCUGAAAUUUUGUACAAUGGCUUCUCUCAUGACCUAUAAUCUCCCUAUUUUCGAUGCAUGGUGAAGGGUAUAUAAGUUGCGGCCCGGCCGAACUUAGCACGCUUUUACUUGUUUUUAUAUAAGAAAAGUCUCACCAGUUACUAUACCGGAGACUCCUCUUCUCCUCUUUUCAAUAUAUCUCCCAUAUAAACCAAUCUUCCAAUAUAUAGUCCACGGACGAGUAUAAUUUGUUUUCUUCUGAGUUCACUUAUUUCCGAUUUGAUAUACUAGGUCACUAAGAUCUCAAGGUGUACGAGUUUGUAUAUAUAUAGUUAAUUAGUAUUAUGAGAACUAAUUUCCUGGCUUUUAGAGUUGAGAGCAAUUUUGCAAUGAAAAAAUACAACAAAAACAAAUAUGUGUAGUUUCCUCAACACCCCAUAAUUCAAUGUUGUUAAAACCAAAUACUCGUUUUAAAUGCAUCACUUUUUGUUAGUACGUCUUCUAAGUGGUAAUAUUGUAAAGUUAUGCGUAAUGCUAUAAGAAAACAUUGUUAAGUUAAGUAUUAUUAGUUGUUUAUGGCAAAGAUACAAAUAAAAUUACUAAAAAUUACUAAAGAAAAAACUUGUAAAAUAGCUCACCUCACUCACCACAAGCUCAAAAGGGCUAAGUUCGGCUGUACCAAACAUUCAAUACCAACCACCUAAAAUAUUGGCAAAAAAAAAUCUCCUCAAGUAAGCUCAGUUUAUGGAAUCGUCAUAUAUAUGCUAGUUUCAAGUCCACUGGGAAAGUCGGCCUAUACAUACACUGAAAAAAUUAUGUCCAAAAUUUAAAAAAUUCAUAAACUAAAUUAAAAAAUUCAUUAACUAAAUUUAAAAAUUCCUCAUUUCACAAAUUUUUUUAGAAAAUUUUUUUAUGAUGAAAAUCUGGUAUAAAAAUAUGGCUCCAAGUAUCCGGAAGGUCGCCCAAUCCCAAAUACGCACAAAUUGACAUGUUGACUAAUGUGGACAAUAUGGUACUCAAAUGAAAGAUCAUUGAGAGUAGAGCAUGAAUUGGAGAUUAUUAUUUCAAUGGCUCUUGAAUGAAUGAUCUUUCACAGUAGAAUACGAAUCUGACAUCAUACAGACAAAAAUUAUUUGGAAAAACAACAACUUUGGUCGAAAAAACGACGACGAAAUUUGUUAAUGUUCCUGCAACAAUUUAUUUCGAAUCUCAUCGACCGAUAGUACAAAUUUGUAGUUGAAAGGGACUAUUUGCAAGCCAACAUAUAACAACAUAUCCAAAAGCAAGAGAAACAAGUAAGAGCGUGCUAAGUUCGGCCGGGCCGAAUCUUAUAUACCCUCCACCAUGGAUCGCAUCUGUCGAGUUCUUUGCGCAGUAUCUCCUUUUAGGCAAACAAAGAAUAAUGAAUAUGGACGAAGGAGGAGUUAUAUCAAGUAAUAAUUCGAAUCGGGGCUCAAGAAGCAAAAUCGGGAGAUCGUAUUAUAUGGGAGCUGUUUGUCAAGCUAUAGAUCGAUUCAGACCACGUAUGUUGAAGGCCAUGGGAGAAGCCGUUGUACAAAAUUUAUACCAAGUCGGAUGAGAAUUGCGCUCUCUAGAAGCUCAAGAACUCAAGAUCCCAGAUCGGUUUAUAUGGCAGCUAUAUCAGGGUAUUUACCGAUUUAGACGAUACUUCGCAUAAAUGUUGAAAGUGAUACCAAAACACCACGUGCAAAAUUUCAGCCAAAUCGGAUAGGAAUUGCGCCUUCUAAAAGCUCAAAGAGUCAAGACCCAAGAUCGGUUUAUAUAGCAGCCAUAUCAGGUUAUGGACCGAUUUGAACCAUACUUCGCACAGUUGUUGGAAGUGACAUUAAAACACUAAGUGCAUAAUUUCUGUAAAAUCGGACGAGAAUUGCACCCUCUAGAGGCUCAAGAAGUCUAGACCCAAGAUCGGUUGAUAUGGCCGCUAUAUCAGGUUAUGGACCGAUUUGAACCAUACUUCACACAGUUGUUGGAAGUGAUAUCAAAACACUAUGUGCAAAAUUAGAUAAGAAUUGCGCACUCUAAAAGCUCAAGAAGUCAAGACCCAAGAUCGGUUUAUAUAGCAGCUAUAUCAGGUUAUGGACCGAUUUGAACCAUACUUCGCACAGUUGUUGGAAGUGAUAUCAAAGCACUAUGUGCAAAAUUUCAGUCAAAUCGGACGAGAAUUGCGCCUUCUAAAAGCUCAAGAAGUCAAGAGCCAAGAUCGGUUGGAAGUGAUAUCAAAGCACUAUGUGCAAAAUUUUAGUCAAAUCGGACGAGAAAUGCGCCCUCUAUAGGCACAAGAAGACAAGACCCCAGAUCGGUUUAUAUGGCAGCUAUAUCAAAAUAUGGACCGAUUUGGCCCAUUUACAAUCCCAACCGAACUACGCCAAUAAGAAGUAUUUGUGCUAAAUUUAAAACGGCUAACUCUACUCCUUCAUAAGUUAGCGUGCUUUCGACAGACCGACGGACGGACAUGGCUAGUUCGACUUAAAAUGUCACGACGAUCAAGAAUAUAUAUACUUUCUUGGAUCUAAGACGCAUAUUUCGAGGUGUUACAAACAGAAUGACGAAAUUAGUGUACCCCCAUCCUAUGGUGGAGGGUAGAUCGGUAUAUAUGGCAGUUAUUCAAAUAUGUUACGAUCUGAACCAAACUACCCACAAACAACGACGAGCCUUGUACAGCUCCAGGUGACAAAUUUCAAGGGGCCUAUGAACAUGAAUCGCGAUAUUGGUCAAACUUACUAAGCCAGAACUAACUAUGCCAAAUUUCUGUGAAAUGGUGCAAUAAUUGAGUCUUCUCUGGGCCUUAGACCUUAAACCAAGAGAUCGAUCUACUUGGGGGCUAUGCCAAGAUAUUUUUCGAUCUAGACUAUAUUCAAUACGUAUGUCGAAGGUUCUAAGACAUCUCAAAAACAACAAAUUUUAUUGAAUAGUGGCAAAACUUCUCACAUUUUUCUGAUGUUCACGUCGGAUUCGAACCUAGGCGUUCAGCUUCUGCGCUACAGUGGCCUUUAAGAUAACUCACUGCAUCAAAUUUCAGGGAAACCGGGUAAAAAAUGGGUCUUCAAGAUAUGCCAAUGAGUGCUGUCCAAUUCAAGUUUGAGCUCAAUGAUAAGGGGCCUUCUUUUUAUAGCCGAGUCCGAACGACACACUGCAGGGCGCCAUCUCUUUGUGGAGAAGUUUUUACAUGGCUGCCAUACUAAAUGGUACAAUACCUCACAAAUGUCGCCAGCAUUAGGAGGGGAUAACCACCGCUGAAAAUUUUUCUAAUAUUCUCGCCAGUAUUCGAAACUAGGCGUUCAGCUUCUGCACUACAGUGGCCUCUAAGAUAACUCACUGCACCAAAUUUCAGGGAAACCGGAUAAAAAGUGGGCCUUCAAGACAUAUCCUCAUAUGAUCCGAUCAGCAUCAUAUUCGGGAAGGAUAUGUUGGGGUCUAACACAACUCACCGUAAUAAUUCUCAGCAAAAUCGGGGCAAAAAUACGCAAUUUAGGGGCAAAAGACCUUAAAACGGGAGAUUGGUAUAUAUAUCAGCUAUAUACAAAUAUGGUCCAAUCUGAACCAAUCUACGCAUGGACGACGAAGGGCCUUGUACAGCUCACAGUGUCAAAUUUCAUGGAAAUGUAAUAAAUGAGUAAUAUGGACCCAAGAAUUUUAAUGGGGAUAUCCAUACACCCAGAGAAAUUAGUCUUCUGAUUACAGCAAACACUUUCCGCUGAUAUUAAAUUAAAAAUUUUAAACUUUGGAAUGAAUUCAUGCAAAAUGUUUGAACCUUUAAACAACAAUUGAAGCGUUUGCUAUGCAUUAAUUAAAAACAACAUUACCAAUUUUAGCCGUUAAUUUUUGCUGUUUUUGCGAACACAUUUCUCUGAGUGUAUAUAGGGAAGCUAUAUCCGAAUAUAAACUGAUCUAAACCAAACUGUUACAAAUUUCAGCUUAAUCAGAAAAUGAAUGCUCCUUUUUUGAGCUUGAGACCGUAAACCGGGAUAUUGGUCUGUCCGGGUGCUAUAUCAGAUAUUUUCCGAACUGUUCCAUAUUCAGUACGGAUAUCAAAGUUAUCAAGACAACUUAUUUUGCUAAAUUUCAACAGAAUCUGGAAAUAAAUGCGGAUUCUAUGCUCCUUAGAUCUUAAAACGAGAGAUCGGUGUAUAUGACUGGUAAGUCAAGACAUUAUCCGGUUUAGACUAUAUGCGAUACGAAUAUCGAAGGUUUUUACACAACUUAUAAACCGAUCUGGGGUCUUGACUUCUUGAGCCUCUAGAGGGCGCAAUUCUUAUCCGAUUGAAAUGAAAUUUUGCACAACGUGUUUCGUUAUGAUAUCCAACAACUGUGCCAAGUAUAGUUCAAAUCGGUUCAUAACCUGAUAUAGCUGCCAUAUAAACCGAUCUUGGGUCUUGACUUCUUGAGCCUCUAGAGGGCGCAAUUCUAGUCCGAUUGGAAUGAAAUUUUGCACAACGUGUUUUGUUAUGAUAUCCAACAACCUUGCCAAGUAUAGUUCAAAUCGAUUCAUAACCUGAUAUAGCUGUCAUAUAAACCGAUCUUGGGUCUUGACUUCUUGAGCCUCUAGAGGGCGCAAUUCUUAUCCGAUUUGGCUGAAAUUUUGAACGACGUGUUUUAUAAUGACUUCCAACAACUGUGCUUAGUAUAGUUCAAAUCGGUCCAUAACCUGAUAUAGCUGUCAUAUAUACCUAUCUGGGGUCUUGACUUCUUGAGCGUCUAGAGUGCGCAAUUCCUAUCCGAUUUGUCUGAAAUUUUGCAUGACGUGUUUUGUUAUGAAUUCCAACAAGUGUAUUUAAAAAUGAUUCAAAUCGGUCCAUAACCGGAUAUAGCUGCCACAUAAACCGAUCUGGGGUCUUGACUUCUUGAGCCACUAGAGGGUGCAAGUAUCAUCCGAUUUGGCUGAAAUUUUGUACAACGGCUUCUCUCAUGACCUUUAACACACAUGUCGGAUAUGGCAUGAAUCGGUUUAAAGCCUUUUACAGCUCCCCUAUAAACCGAUCUCUCUAUUUUACUUCUUCAGCCCCUUAAGUGCGCAAUUCUUACUAGAUUUGGCCGAAAUUUUACACAAUGACUUCUACUAUGGUCUCCAAUAUUCAAUAUUCUUUUAAUUUUUAUUUGCCUAAAAACAGAUACCGUGGAAAGGCUUAGACAAAUGCGAUCCAAAGUGGAGGGUAUAUAAGAUUCGGCCCGGCCGAACUUUGCACGCUUUUACUUGCUACAAUUCUUUUUUAUAGCCCAAAGAAAAACGCUAAAGUUUUUUCCAACAAAAAUUAUUCAGCAUUAAUUUACAGCUCCCAUAUAUACAUCUUUCAUUUGUAUGAUUUUAUGACUUUAGUAUCAGAAGUUUUGGUCAAAUCUAGACAAAACUUAGCAUGAGAUAUUCUAAUUGAAAACUUUAUAUAUUUGUCCAAAAACAUUAAUAUCGGUUAAGAUUUAGAUGUGGCUCCCACAUAUAUAUCCUUCAUCCUAUAUUCAUUGAUGUUGGUAUGUUUCGAUUUCAAUCCCAUUGCUUCAGAUUUAGAUGCUUCUUUGAGUACAUGUCUAACACUCAUAAAGGUAGACAUGAUUGUUUAGGUUCUCAUAGGGAUGACUGCGGCCGAUCUUUGCCUUUCCUCAAAUGUUUUCAAAAGUGGCCAAAAAUUGGCUCUUCUAUACAUUUUAGACUAAAAGAUUCUAUGCCCUUAUCAAGUCAUUGAAAUUGGGUUUCAAUCUAUCAAUCAAAGCCUUAAAAAAAUGUUUAAAGCUUUCAGUGUUUCUCAUAGGCUACUCGCUGGUGGUGGGUGGGUACCAAAAACCUUUAAAAAAAUCCCUAAAUGAAAAAUUUUUUGAGUGCUUGAAAAAUUAAAACCAAAUUUACACAAAAAAAAAAAAACUGAAAAAAAAAACUAGAGAGCAAAUGUUUGAUCGCUUUAAUGCAAUACAAAAAAUCAUGCUUAACCAAUCAUAGCAAAAAAAAAAUAUUUGCCAACAUAAAAUAGAAAUAUUAAAACUAAUCAUGCAUAUUAGUUGUUAUAUCUCAAGCUUUAAAUAGAUAAUUUUUAUUGUAAUAAUUUUUAAUAUUUUUAUUUUUUUGUAUAAAAAUAAG